GCUUACACGGAGGGUAUGCAUCAAUCCAUACCUCUAUCCACAGCCUAUAUAAGCCGGUGCUGGAGUUUCAGAGUCUUAUUCAGAGCUCUCAUCUCUACGAAGAUAAAACUCCGAAGAGAUCGAUCUGCACCUGAACCCGCUGAAAUCAACACGGCCAUGAAUAACGGAAGGCACCGUUAUCUUACCUUUCUGUACUUAACUUGCCUGGCUAUGGACAUCUCCGUUGCUCCGAACAUCGCCCCAACUUCGCGUGGCUUUGUUCAAGGGCAGCCUGAGCUUCAACAGGCCAUGGACAAUAGACAACCUGAGGACCCCUCUAGGAAAAGGCAGGCCCCACUCACUAGUGGCUACCUACUAAACCAAGGAUAUCCCGCUUUGUUCAAACGCAAAACUUCAGAUCUCCUCCAGGAAGCAGAAACUAUGUUAAACAGAGUCAAGAUUUUUAAGGAACGAAUAUGGCUUCAAACAUUCCUCUAUCGACUGAAAUCUCUGGAGAGAGCGCUAGAACAAACCGAAUACCUGUACAAUGCAGAAACGUAUAAUGAUUAUAAUGAUUUUAUUAAUAGCCAUUUUGGUAAGAAUUGGAGGCAAAUGGCAAUGCUACGCCCAGAAUUCGCUAUCCCAGCCAUAAAUGCAUCUGAAGUGAAAGUCCCAGCCAUAAAUGCACCAGCCCCAGCCAUAAAUGCACCAGCCCCAGCCCUAAAUGCGCCAGCCCCAGCCAUAAAUGCAUCUGAAGUGAAAGUCCAGAAGUUGGCAUUUGAAUACCCAGUAGCAUCACCAGCAUUGAAACAAACGGUCCUAGGAAAUGAUUAUCCUUCUAAUAAUCUAGAUGAGGAUGAAUCGCAACUAAAAGGAAUGGAAGAUGAUCAGUUAGUUCGAGAGUUACAAAGCUUACAUAAGAACAAAGUUGAAUCUCCAAGUAAUCCUGAUCAAAGCACAGAAGCACACUCACCUAGCAUGAAAACUCCUGAAGAACCUAGAAAAUAUAUUCAAGAAACGGAGAAAGAAGGUUUCAAAUCAAGGAUAAGCGAAGAUAAGUUGGAAAAGGGAAUACUAAGCACAAUGCUUCAGCAUGAGGUGGCACAACUUCAGAGUAAGGGAAAAUCCCAAGCUGAAAUAACGAAAACUUUGCAUCUUGACAAUCCGCAUUACGCAAGUAUUAUAAAUCCAAGUCUGAAUACUCAAGAGUCGAACAGAAGAGAUAUAAAUAACUUUGAAGCUGCGGAACCUAACCAAGCUAAUAAAGCUAUACAAGGGGUAAAUGAUUUAAAACAAGACGAAAAAGUCAUUGUUGGAAUUAAACCAGACAUGUCAAACUCAGAAGAAAUUCAAAUUUAUUCUAAACCUCCGCAGCCAAAAGUAACAUACAUAAAUAACACUUACCAGCAUAUGCUUUUGAAUGGACCAACGGCUGAUUCCAAAGUUCAAGAAAUUCGUGAGCCCCAGAACAUACCAGGUAAUGCUGCCCAUGAGCAUCAUGACGCUAUUCAAGACUCAAUCGCGUAUCUCCAGAAGCAAGAUCAACCCACUUAUGCAAUAAGAAGUCAUGUAAUGCAACCCCCUAACAAUCUGGGACCCAAUUAUCCGCAUUUUAUCUCAUAUCCCUAUGUAGAGGUCCCUAAGGGAACUCUGAAACCUCAGCGACAACAAAAACAAAGUAAUGUUCUAACCCCACUUCCACAUUACUCAGAGUAUAUUGCUAGGGGCAGUUAUGCUCCUUAUCCUUAUUUGAAACUAUGGGAUCAUAAGAAUGCCACAUUCCUUCAAUCGCACUUGAUGACAUCCAUUCCAUAUAAAUCUAAUUCAAGUCAUAAAAUUGAUGCAGAGCUGAGUGAUGACAUGAAGAGACAACUGAGAGAUGGAAAAAUUAUUGUAUUAUCUGACAGCCUUGUUCGCAAAUUUUGAAACAAGUACAAAAGAUGAAGAGCAUUCAGAAGUGCAGACGGAAAAUCCUGAAAGUGAACCGGCCAAAAUUUAGAAUGACACAGAAGUUUAACGUCAAGAAGUUAGUUCAGUUCCCCUCUCAAUAUCGUGACAAAGUGGUGUUGUGAACCUUUUAUGCAUUGCCAUUAAAGAAUAAAUUAUCAUAUUAUAUCGAAAGAAAUAAUUUUUUGUCCAUCUGUAACUGUGGUAGAAUACAUUUAAUAAAUGUUUCAUUAAUAAUGUAUGCUUUCACAUAAUUCAGAAGCGUAAAAAGAGCUUUGCACUAUUAUGACACUUAAAUACUUCUGUGAAUGGAACAGAAUGUAUUCCCUCCAACAGAUGUAACAACCGUUUAAUAAAAUAUCGCAUGUUAUAAAGA